AAGCCCCUUUGGGACAACUAUGAUGUGGAUAACUGAGAGUCUCCAAAGACAAGCAGAGGGAUGGUUUCUUGGACCGAGUCCCCUGUGGAGCAGCAUCUCCCUCUCCAGCAACCCAUCCAUCGCCUGCAGGCUUGGCACGCAGGACCCGCCAGAGGGCGCCCCUAUGCAAAACAACCUCCGGGUUUAGCCGAAGAGCUUUUGCUCGCUCCUGGAAGCCUCUCGCCCGAUGCUUGCAAGGGAGGGCAGGAAAUGACCGUUCCCACCCCGAGGGAGCGCUUUGCAGGAAGCUGCGCUCUCUCCAACCGGUGGACCGAUCCUGCGAACGGCUCCUGCCUUCCUUCGCUGGCCCUUCCUUUCCCGCAGCUACCCGGCUUGCGAAGCUCUUCCUUGCUGGGGAGCGGCGAAGUCGGAAGGUUCUGGCGGGCUGAGACCGGGAGAUCUUGGCGGUCUCCAGAUCUGGAAGAGGGGUGGGGAUCUGGUGGUGCUAAGAUGGAAAUCCCCCAAUUUUCCACCUUCUGCACUUCUCACUCACCUGCCCCGUUUUUCCUGCGGGCCGCGCCGGACUCUUAAUUUCUGCGAGGAGAGGAGGAGCUUCUUGGUCAGAGAUUGAAUUCUGCACCGUUCUCUUGAAGAUUCCAGCAAGUUUAGGGUUGGGUUUCUGUUGAGAGCAUCUGGAACAUCUGCAGUUCAGAGGAUCUGGGUUUUCUGGCUUGGAAAGGCAUCCUCUUUCCAGGGUUUCAGAAAGGGAAGCAGUCCCUUCUGCCGCAAUCCAAGGGUUCGGGCUGAUCUGCACCCCGUGUCAAUAUUCCUGAUAUUUGAGUCUUUCCAAAGUGGCACCCUGGAUGCAUAUAUAUAUAAAAAAAAACCACACGCCACAAACUUCAAGAUUUCUUAAGUUUCAAGAGAAACUUGCAUAUCCUUUGUAAUGUGUACCCACAGUGGAAGUGGUACACGUGUUAAUGUCCAAGAUUUUUUUUUUCACCCAUUGCGAUUACCUUUGAUUAGUGGUUGUGAUCUCUUGUUUUUGCUUUUAAUCCCUGCAAGCCACUCUUGUGUAUAUUUUUCAGGAAGGUAAAUUGUAAACAUCUGAAAUAAAUCGAAGUUUUUUUGUCAGUGCUUUGGACGAUAGUUUUCUACAUUGUUUCAUCUUAGCCUGCCAGCUGGACGUAAUUCCCAAGGAAUCCAGUCAUGGAGGGGAGAAAUGCCUCAUUCUUCCAGAUGGCUGAAGGGGAUUCUACGCCCAUGAAUGAAAGUUGCUUUGCAGAUUCAGAAGAGAGUUUGGAUUUAUCUGGACAAACAGCAAGAACUCAGCAGGACAUUCUGAAAGAAGAAACCACACGUUGUGGUGUCCGUCGUUGCCCUUUCAGGGAGUUCUGUUACCAGGAGGCUGAAGGACUCAGAGAUGUAUGCAGCCAACUCCACCUUCUUUAUGAUCGGUGGCUGAGCCAAAGAGACCACACGAAAACUCAGAGGAUGGAUUUGGUGGUCCUGCCCCUGGCCACCCUGUCCCAGAUGGAGAACUGUGUCUGGAUGAGUGGAGCAGAGACCAGCUCUCAGGAAAUGGGUCUGGCUGAAAGCUUCCUCCUGAGCCAGGUGGAGCAAAAAAUGCAGCAAAAACAGCAGGUUCAUGCGCUGUUCAUGGAGAUGGCCACCCAAGGGGAUGUGUCCCAUCUCCCUCAAGAAAUUGUCUUCGGGGAGAUUUCCCAGGAGGACCCAUCUCAGGAGACUUCAUCAGAAAAUGGAGCAAUGGGGAUUGCACCAAUGGAAAGGUCUCCUCUUUGUGGUGGUGCAGAAACAAUGGUUGUACUUCCAACUCAGGUUCCGGUGUCCUUUGAAGAUGUAGCUGUGUUUUUCUCUGAGGAGGAGUGGGCUUUGCUGGAUUUUAACCAAAAAUCCCUGUACAGAGAGGUCAUGCUGGAAAAUGCUAAGAAUGUGGAGUCCAUGGUUGACAGGCAGAAACCAGAGAAUUAUAAGGAAUCAGGCGUGAAUUCUUUGAAACGAACUGAAACUAGAGAAGGGUUAUUGCAAAAUCAGGAGGAGCCAAACAUGACUGAAAACCAGUUGAACAAUAGGAUGGAGAAAUCCUCUAAUUUUAAGUAUGGAGAAAAUUGCACCUUCCAUAUGCAACAUCACAAAGAAAAAGGAAGCUGUUUAAAAGCUGAAAAAAUGUCCAUCCAUAAAUCAGAUGUCCAUGAAUAUAGCAGUAUCUGCACUAAAGAGAAGCAGCUUGAAUGCAAGGAAUAUGGAAAAAAUAAUAAUUUGAAUCUCUAUCUUACUUUACAUCAAAACGUUGAGAUACCAAAAUCACAUAAAUGUUCAGACAGUGGGAAAAACGUUAAUGAGAGCAGCACUUUUAACUCCCAGAAAACAGUUCAUAGAGUGCAGAAGUCAUGUAAAAGCAGAGAACGCAGAACAAGUUUUUAUACAAGCAAUGAUCAUAUUGUGCACAAAAAGUCCUAUCCAGGAAAGAAACCUUAUAAAUGCAUGGAUUGUGGAAAGAGGUUCUAUACAAGUAUUGAUCUUACUUCACAUGCAAGUAUCCACACAGAGGAUAAGCCACUUAGAUGCACAAACUGUGGAAAGAGCCUCACCACAAGUAGUUCCCUUAGUGCACAUAAAAGGAUCCACAUGGGAGAUAAACAACACAAGUGCAUGGAAUGUGGGGAGAAUUUCAGCCAGAGUGCUUCGCCUAAUUCCCAUGAACCGAUCCAUACAGGGAUGAAACCAUAUCAACAUUUGGCGUGUAGAAAGCGAUUUUGUACAAGGAGUGAUCUCAUCGCCCAUAAGAGGAUCCACACAGGGGAGAAACCAUUUAAAUGCAUGAAGUGUGGAAAAAACUUUACAAUGAGACGUGGUCUUAUUUCCCAUGAAAGAAUUCACACAAGGGAGAAAGCAUAUAAAUGCAUGGAAUGUGGCAAGACCUUUGUAAGCAGAAGUGAUCUUACUUCCCAUAAGAGAAGCCACCCGGGAGGAAAACCAUACCAAUGCUCGGAGUGUGGAAAAGGCUUCGGUUGGAGUAGUAACCUUACCUCCCAUAAAAGGAUCCAUACAGGGGAAAAGCCUUAUCAAUGCAUGGAGUGCACAAAGAACUUCAGAGACAUGAGUUCCUUUACUUCCCAUAAAAGGUUCCAUACAGGGGAGAAACCAUACAAAUGUAUGGAGUGUGGAAAGAGCUUUAGUCAAAACAGUCAACUUACUUCCCAUAAAAGGGUCCACACAGGAGAGAAACCGUAUAAAUGUGCGGAGUGUGGAAAGAGCUUCACCACAAGUGGUUCUCUUACUGCCCAUAAAAGGAAUCACACGGGAGAGAAACCGUUUAAGUGCAUGGAAUGUGGGAAGAGUUUCAGCCAAAGUGCUUCCCUUACUUCUCAUGAAAAGAUCCACACGGGGAUGAAACCAUUCCAAUGCUUGCAGUGUGAAAAGAAAUUCGGUACAAGUAGUGAUCUCAUUUCCCAUAAAAGGAUCCACACGGGGGAGAAACCGUUUAAAUGCAUGGACUGUGGAAAAAGCUUUACCAUGAGACGUGGUCUUACUUCCCAUGAAAGGAUCCACACAGGGGAGAAACCAUACCAAUGCAUGGAGUGUGAAAAGUGCUUUGUAAGUAGGAGUGAUCUGACUUCCCAUAAAAGGAUCCACACAGGGGAGAAACCCUAUCAAUGCACGGAGUGUGGAAAAAGCUUCAGUUGGAGCAGUAACCUUACUUCACAUAAAAGAAUUCACACAGGGGAGAAACCGUAUAAGUGCAUGGAGUGUGGAAAGAGUUUCAGUCAAAGCACUUCCCUUACUUCCCACGAAAGGAUCCAUACAGGGAUGAAACCAUAUCAGUGCAUGGAGUGUGGAAAGAGAUUCAGUACAAGCAGUGAACUCAUUUCCCAUAAAAGGAUCCACACAGGGGAAAAACCCUAUCAGUGCAUGGACUGUGGAAGGAGUUUUAGAGACUUGAGUUCCUUUACUUCUCAUAAGAGAUUCCAUACUGGAGAGAAGCCCUAUAAAUGCAUGGAAUGUGGAAAGUGCUUUACUCAAAGCAGUCAGUUUACCUGCCAUAAAAGGAUCCACACAGGGGAGAAGCCAUACAAAUGCACAGACUGUGGAAAGAGCUUCACCACCAGUGGUUCCCUCACUGCCCAUAAAAGGAUCCACACGGGGGAGAAACCAUAUAAGUGCACCGAAUGUGGGAAGAGUUUCAGCCAAAGUGCUUCCCUUAGUUCCCAUGAAAGGAUCCAUACUGGGAUGAAACCAUAUCAAUGCCUGGAUUGUGGAAAGACCUUCAGUCAAAGCAGUCAUCUUAGUUCUCAUAAGAAGAUCCACUCAGGGGAGAAGCUGUAUAAAUGCACUGAGUGUGAAAAGAGCUUUCAUACAAGCAGUUCCCUGAUAUCACAUAAGAGGAUCCACUCUGGCGAGAAACCAUAUCAUUGCAUGGACUGUGGAAAAAGUUUCAUUACAAGCAGUUCCCUUAAUUCGCAUAGGAGGAUCCACACGGGAGAGAAACCGUAUCAGUGUCAGGAGUGUGGGAAGAGUUUCAGCCACAAUACUUCCCUCUCUUUUCAUAAAAGGAUCCACGUAAGAGAGAACCCGCCUGCCAGCAUAUAAUAUGGAAGGAGUUUCAUUCAGAAUAAUGAAUGUCUGAUAAAAGGAGCCACAAAGAGGAGAGGCCCUACAGAUGUAUGCAGUGUGGAAAGAACUUAGUGUGGUUCCAUUUCUGAUUACAGUGUCAAAAUAGAAAUGGAAUGAAUUAUAAUUGAAUGAUAGGGAAGGAAGGAAGAAGAGAAGGGGUAACAUGGAUGAAGACAAUUACAGGAACGUUUUAGAAAAGCUUCAAUUUACUACAGUGAGGCCAAGAUUGUGUGAUAGGUAUGGUAUAGAUCAGGGGUGUCAAACUCAAGGCCCGGGAGCUGGAUCUGACCUCCGGGGUGCUUAGAUCUGGCCCGUGAGGCCACCCUGGAAACAGCAAAGGACCAGCCCAUGGUACCUCUGCCCGCAGCCCUCCCAAGCUCUGUUUUUUCUGGCAGAGGGUCGCAGCCGAAAACAGCUUGGGAGCCCGUUUUCACUGGCAGAGCGCUCGGGCCGCCACAGGCACCCCCAACACGAGUGACGUUGAGCUGGCCACGGCACCCAAGGUCAAACACAACCCUGAUGCGGCCCUCAAUGAAAUUGAGUUUGACAGCCCUGGUAUAGAUGGACUUGAUGGGGUCUAACUAAGCAUAUGCCUCAAAUAUAAUCUUAUUGCAGCAAGAUACUCAGUAUGCUCAAAUUUUUAUUAAACCAGAUUUUUAUAAGGAGACACUUGUUUAUCUGAAAUUUAACUGUUUCUCUAAGGCUUAUAGUAGAGUUAGCUCUCUUUUCUUCUACUAUCUAAGUGGAUAAAUAUCCAUUUAUAUCUUCUUCAUACACCUCUGGUCCAAUUAGUUGCUACAUUCUCUCCUCUUCCUUUUCUAAUAAAACUAUCGUUUCACCAAUUUCUCAUAUUUUUGUUGUUCCAUUUGGAAGCUGGAAAGAGCAUGUUUGGGUGUAAGACAUAAUGGUAAACAAGAACCAGUCUGCUUCCUUAUUUUAAUGGCAAUGGAAUUUUAUUAAAUUUUAUUUACAUUAUUUUUAUUCUUGACCUGUUCCUUUCUGAAGCAUGAUUUUGACAGUCCUUCAGAUAUGUGACUGACGUGACAUUUAUUGACAGGACAGUAAUUGGAUAUCUACCAGUAAGAGACUCUACUUCAGUCAACCACAAUACCCCAAAACCAUUGGGAGAAAAUGCCACACAUUGGCCAAACCUGUACAUGAUACUGAAAUAUCGAAAAGUAAAGUGUGAGGAAUUUGAGAGGAAUCGCUUUAAACAGACAGAACAACCAAUUCAGUGGACAAUGUAGUUCUCUUGAAGAACAUUAAACGUGAUGUGUAUUUGGGCAUAGCUUCUUAAUUUGACAUACACUUUAUUGAAUAGUGAACUGUAAUUAAGCGAGGAUUAGGUUAUAAUGGAGACCCCAGUGAAGCUAUUGACUCAGUAUGUGGCAGAGGAGAAAAAAUAAAAUCCACAUUAGGGAUCAGUAGGAAAAGAAUGGAAGUAAAACAGCUGCAACUGUUAUUCCCUUCUACAGUAUAUGAAUAUUGUGUAUAGUUCUGAUUUUCCCAUUUGAAAAAUGAUAUAAAGGAGAUGGGGGAAAGUUCAAAAGCAGCCAUCAAAAUGAUUAGUGGCUUGAUUAUAUUUGUGUUUGGCACCCUCAAGCAAAAACUAACAUAAAAUAAAUCACCCAGGUUCUUUAGAAUGUGUGGCAGAAUUUGUGGGUGGAGUUAAAAGAGGAAUUAGACUAGAAUUCUUACGUAACCCCACGUGGACUAAGUCCAAACCUUGAAUUCCGUUGCCCAUUAUCUUGUUGUGGAAUGGAAGGACUAAAAAACAUUCCCAGGCCAGUCAGAGACAGUUUAUUGCGCAAGGUUCAGAGCCAGAUUUGUACCUGAAGCUUUGAACAAAGAAAGAACUCUGAUACAAUGGUUUUUAUACAUUUCUAAGACAAAGGAUUCAGUGAGAUCAUACAUUUUCCAUAUAUGGUUAAUCAUGAGAUCAUACAUCCGAUUUUCCUUUUAUGGUUACAUUCACUUGUUAAUAAGUUCAUCUAAUUACUUAAAGGAUUAAUCUUAGUUUAUAAGAUUAUUUUAGCUACACAACUUUUCUUAAGUGCUCAGAGUCGCUAAUGGGAGAGUUACUACUGUCCUUGGGUAAAUUCAUUGGAUUAAGUAACUCUUUGUAACAUAUAGGUCUUUGUGUCAUUCACAGUCAGGUCACUCAGAUGUUUUUCCAUAUAGCAGUCCUUUCCAUGACAUCUAGGUAUCAGAAGAUAUAUUACCACUUAAAAGGGUUUAACUGUUUGUUAAUGUAAUUUCCAACAAGCACUUUCCUCUCUUAUAAUAAUGUGAAUAGAUAGGGUCUCUCAGAGUUCAUGUAUCCAAGCACGUCUAAUGUGAAUAGAGAGGGUCCCCCAGAGCCCAUAUAUCUGACUGUAUGAUUCCUAUUUUAUUCACAUUAUUUCUUUUAUCUACAUUAUUCUUUAUUUGCUCUUUACCUCAAUCUAACUACAAACAAGUACUAAGCAUUAGUUGUACAUUUAUCUUCUCAACUAAUAGCAUCAUCUUGUAUCUAGCUAAGUGACAAGCGAAUUCAAGGGGGUUGAAUUUAGUCUGCUUGUGGCUACAUAGGAAUUCUAAGCUGAUCUCUUAAUUCCACACCCAGAUUCUGCCACUCCUACAUGUGCAAAACUAGGUUUCAAGGAUCAUCUAAUUAAAGUUGAUUAGAAGAUUUAGAAUAGAGAGAAAAGUGUGCUUUUACCAUGUCCAUUAUUAACCAUAACCCUGCUAAGAAAACUGCAUGUAUUCCAUCUCCAAGAUUUAAAAUUUCAUUCAAUAGUAUUUCUAUCUUUAAUAAUGGUUUAGAUUUGCCUAUAUUUAUAUGUAUAUGUGUAUUCAUUAUUUUAUAUACAUUAUUUUUCACAAUGUUAGCUAUGCAGUCACGCAUGUGAGAUAGAAAUCCAUUAAAGAAAAAUAAAUUUACUGGUUUUUAUGUA